AUGUGUAUCAGCACGCGGCCUCAAUACUGCCCCUAUGGUAUCAAUGACCUGACCGAGGGAAAAGAAUAUAGGAGACAUCGUACAUCCCAAGAAAAAAAUAGAAAUGAGCAUAUAAUAAACCACCCACCUCAUAGUGAAAAUGCAAGAGACAUAACUCCAAGGCUAAACCAUCCACAGGCGACUUCCUCUCCUAACGUGCCAUAUUCUGCAGCACCAGGUUUUCCGCAUACAGCUGCAUAUCCACCAGUACCAGGGGUAUCUUCCAUACAUAGCAGAACGCCUUCCAGUUUACAAAUACAGAUUCCUGCACCAAAUCAGAACUUACCCCAGAACACAAACGUUUUGCCAAAAUCAAAAAUAGUAGUCAUUCAUACGCCAGGUCGGUCAUCCAUCCAGGAACAAGGAGCAGCUAUUACAGAACAGCGGAUGUUUGCUCCAUCGACUCAUUUGCAAGUUCCUGAAUCUGCUAUUGGCAGACAAAGACUUAAUCCUCCGUCACAUCAGCAUUACUCUUUCUAUAGUCCGUUACAGAUGCAGCAGGAUACAGCGCCUACACUUGGUUACGAAAACAGAAGAAGAAACUUACCACCCAGUUUUCAAGAAACGCAACAUCGAAGUAUGCAAUAUAUGAACCGUAGUGCAGGACAUAGCGGCGGGACACGCGGCACAGGAUUGCCUGUAUAUCAUACAAUUCCUGAUACGUCUAAUGAGUCUAACGACCAUGGAUCCGAACUAAUUUCAGUGCCGGUUCCAUGUGAUAGGAUGAUAGGUGUAACAAAAUCCAAAGCGCCUGAGAUUUCUAAAGUGUUUCGCGAUCCUUCACCGAUGGAAUCACCACAGACACGUGACAUGAAAUAUAGUACACCGGUUGCAUCGAAAAUAUCGCAUGCCAGGGAUCGCGUUAAUACAUUUCUCAGCACAAACGAAAAUGAAUCGAGGAAUGUCUCAAAGUGCUCGUGCCGUUUUCCACCCGCCUUCAAGAACUUCAGCUGCACUGGCAAUAUCAAUGGCGCUUGUGAUUGUGCUGAUGAUAACGCAGGGUAA